AAUAUGCAAAUGAGGCAUUACCUAAUCACCAGAAGCCAAUCAACAAAGCCGUCCAAUGAACAUGUUGUUUAUGUUUAUGCAACACGUAAAGACCCUUCAGUCCGGACCCUGGAGACCCCUGAAGUCCUCAUUGGCUCUCCAGCCCCCGGUCCCGGCUCUAGAUGGGGCCUUUUACGCAAACGUUACCGUACGCGCGUAAAAGCGCGCGUGCGUCCGCUCCAGUUUUGUUCUUCUUCUUCUCCAACGCUCUCCUGGACCCAGAGGCCGCUGAGACCAGCAGCUCGAGGCGGACCCGCGGCCCUCGACGUGUUCUGCCGGACUACACGCACAGCCAGGGUGUGUGUGUGUGUGUGUGUUUGGGGGGGGCGAAGGGGGGGUGGGGAGGAGGAAGAUGAGCGCGCUGGUCUGGCUCUCCUCUGUGAACACGCAUCUCCGCCGCUCUCCGACUCCUGCGCCUCCUGGACGGUGCGCGUGCUCUCCGGGACCGGCUGCCGAUCUGGAACAACGAGAAGGAGGAAGACCGGGUCCAGAAGAGGAAGAGGAGGAAGAAGAAGAGGAAUAAGGAGAGGAAGUUUCGACAAAGUGGAUACGAUUAUCUUUUGGUCUCGUUGAGUGCGCGAGCAGCCCGGCGCUAUGACCCCCCUGAGGAGCUGGAUCUGGGUCCUGCUGCUGGUCCCCGACCUGGGGUGUCACGCGGCGCUCGGCCCGGCGGCGGCGGCGGCGGAGGCCGACGGCCUGGCGGAGGCUCAGAGUGGAGCGGCCCCCACAGCUGAAGGUUACUUCCUGGAGUUCCAGGAGCGGGUCAACAACAUCACCCACUUCCAGGGCCAGAUGGCCAUGCUGCACUGCAAGGUGACGGGGAACCCGCGGCCGACCAUCCGCUGGCUGAAGAACGACGCCCCCGUGGUCCAGGAGCAGGGACGCAUCACCAUCCGGAAAACAGAGGCGGGGUCCAAGCUCCGGAUCCAGGACCUGGACACCACGGACACGGGCUACUACCAGUGUGUCGCCUCCAACGCAUUCAAGGUCAUCUCGGCCACCGGCGUCCUGUACGUCAAGCUAGGACAGAUGCCCACCCGCAGCCCAGAUGAGCCGUCUCUGGAGAAAGGAUUCUGCCAGCCGUACCGCGGCAUCGCCUGCGCCCGCUUCAUCGCCAACCAGAGCAUCUACGUGGAGUCUCUGCAGAUGCAGGGCGAGAGCGAGAACCGCAUCACAGCCGCCUUCACCAUGAUCGGCACCUCCACCCACCUGUCGGACCAGUGCUCCAGCUUCGCCAUCCCGUCCUUCUGCUACUACGUGUUCCCGCUGUGCGACGAGGGCUCCCGGGCGCCGCGGCGCCGCCAGCUGUGCCGGGACGAGUGCGAGGCGCUGGAGAACGACCUGUGCCACGCCGAGUACGGCAUCGCGCGCUCCAACCCCAUGAUCCUCAUGCAGCUGGAGCUGCCCAGCUGCCAUCUGCUGCCGCAGCCCGGCACGCCCGACUCCGCCUCCUGCAUGAGGAUCGGGGUGCCGCCGGAGAAACUGGGUCCAUACUCGCCCAUGGACCACAGCUGCUACAACGGCAGCGGGGCCGACUACCGCGGCACGCUGAGCGUCACGGCGUCGGGCCACCACUGCCAGCCGUGGAGCUCCCAGUACCCCCACAGCCACCACCUGUCCCAGCACUACCCCGAGCUCUGGGGCAGCCACAACUUCUGCCGGAACCCCGGGGGCCAGGUGGAGGGGCCCUGGUGCUUCACGCUGGACCCCCAGGUCCGGAUGGACCUGUGUGACAUCCAGCCCUGCCAGGCCCCGAGCAGCCCCAGGAAGGAGAUCCUCUUCAUCCUGAUCCCGGCCAUCGCCAUCCCGCUCGUCAUCGCCUGCCUCUUCUUCCUCGUCUGCAUGUGUCGCAACAAGCAGAAGGACUCGAGCGACACGGCGCCGCGCGGCCCGCUGGGCGGCUCGGCCAACCAGGACAUGGAGCUGUCGCUCCUCAGCCAGCAGAAACACCAGGCCAAGCUGCGGGAGAUCAACAUGUCGGCGGUGCGCUUCAUGGAGGAGCUCGGCGAGGACCGGUUCGGCAAAGUCUACAAGGGCCACAUGUACGGCACGGCGCCCGGCGAGCAGACCCAGGUGGUGGCCAUCAAAAUGCUGAAGGACAAGGUCGACGCCCCGCUCUGCGACGACUUCCGCCACGAAGCCGCGGUGCGCGGCCACAUCCAGCACCAGAACGUGGUGUGUCUGCUGGGCUCCGUCACCAAGGAGCAGCCCAUGAGCAUGAUCUUCUCCUACUCCAGCCUCGGGGACCUCCACGAGUACCUGGUGAUGCGCUCCCCCAACUCGGACGUCGGCAGCUCGGACGACGGCAAGACGGUCAAGUCCACGCUGGAGCAGGCGGACUUCCUCCACGUCAUCACCCAGGUGGCCGCGGGGAUGGAGUACCUCUGCAGCCAGCAGCUGGUCCACAAAGACCUCGCCGCCCGCAACAUUCUGGUCUUCGACAAGCUGAGCGUGAAGAUCCUGGACCUGGGCCUGUUCAGAGACGUGUACUCGGCCGACUACUACAACCUGGUGGGCGCCAGCCCCUUCCCCAUUCGCUGGAUGUCCCCGGAGGCCGUCAUGUACGGCAAACUCUCCACCGACUCCGACAUCUGGUCCUACGGCGUCCUGCUGUGGGAGACCUUCAGCUACGGCCUGCAGCCGUACUGCGGCUACUCCAACCAGGACGUGAUCGAGAUGCUGCGCGGCCACCAGCUGCUGUCCUGUCCGGACGACUGCCCGUCCUGGAUCUACACCCUCAUGCUGGAGUGCUGGAGCGAGUUCCCGGCGCGGCGGCCGCGCUUCAAGGACAUCCACUCGCGCCUGCGCUCCUGGGAAAGCCUGUCCAACUACAACAGCUCGGCCCAGACGUCCGGCACCAGCAACACCACCCAGACCAGCUCCCUGAGCACCAGCCCCGUGAGCAACCUCAGCAUGAGCGCCGCCAGCGCGUCUCGCUACGCCAGCCCCAAGAAGAGCCUGCCCUUCCACCAGCCCCAGUUCCUGAAGGGCCCGAUGCACCGGCCCAUGGUGCCGCAGCAGCUCUACAUCCCCGUCAACGGGUACCACCCCAUGCCGGCGUACCCCUACCUCCAGAACUUUUACCCCAUGCAGAUGCCCAUGCCGAUUGCCCACCAGCAGAUGCACCACCCGCCGCAGAUGGUGGCCAAAGCCGGCUCUCACCACAGCGGCAGCGGAUCCACGUCGACGGGCUACGUCACCACGGCGCCGUCCAACACCUCCGUCACGGAGCGAGCGGCGCUGCUCAGCGAGGACUCCAAGACCCACGACGAGGACUCGGCCGACAGGCCCGACCAGAACAAGGACCUGUUAGUGCCUGAAACGGAACUGCUAGGGGACGGCGACCCGCCCCAGACGGAGGAGCUGGGCCUCCACCUGUCGGACUCUUAGGGCUCCGCCCGGGGCCAGGGGGGCGGAGUCUCUCUGGGCUGGCCAGCAUGUCGUGAGCCGUGUUGAGGGGGCGGGAUGCUCCGGGAGGUUCUGGAUGGCGCUGCCACAGAUUUGAAUGUCAUGUUUGGACCUCUCAGAGUCCGCCGACUGCUUCCAGACCUCCGCUGUCCUCCUUCUCUUCUCCUUCUCUUCUCUUCUCCUUCUCCUCUCCAUCUCUUCUCCUUCUCUUCUCCUUCUCUUCUCCUUCUCUUCUUGCCGUUGCUGUGCAACACAAAACAUUUCCUCAUCCACGAGAACUUCUGAGGUAGUUUGAUGAGAGUUCCCUUCAGGCCGUUCAGUGGGAGGAGCCAACACUUCCAUGGGAGGAGCCAACGCUUCAGUGGGAGGAGCCAAUGCAACAACACCUCGGAUAACACCAGAACCUUCUGCUUGUCCAGAAUAUAGUGAUACAGUCCCUUCUUCUUCUUCUUCUUCAUCUUCUUCAUCUUCUCCUUCUUCUUCGUCAUUUCCUUCUUGAUCUUCUUCUUCAUCUUCUUCUUAUUUUUCUUCAUCAUCAUCAUCUUCUUCCUCAUCUCCUUCUUCUUCAUCUUCUCCUUCUCCUUCUUCAUCUUCUUCAUCUUCAUCUUCUUCAUCUGCCCCCCUCCUGCAGUGCCGUUGUGUUUACUUUGAGACCGACUCUACUGGAUCUGAACCCAGAUGUCGUCAGUAGAAUCUUUCUGGUGCUUGUUUUGAGGUUCUUCUCCUCUGGAUUGAUGGAUUGGUGGAUUGAUGGAUUGAUCGAUUGUGAAAGCCUCAAUCAAAGAUCAAUAGAUCAAUAUGAUGAAUACUUAUGCUGUAGGAGUUAAUAGUAAUUAUACUCACUGGCAAAAACCAAGAAUGAGACCCGAGAACCUCUUUAAACCAACGUGUCUCCACGGCGUUGACCUCUGAACUCUGAUCACCAAACUCUGCAGACUUUUAUAAUGAUGUACUGUUUGAUUAUAUUUGUUUAUAGUUUUUUACUUUUUGGUGAAGAUUCCUCCGCCUGAUGUUAGUACAAUGUCCUCUCCACCACAUGUUUGCUUUGUUUAGGUAGAUGUUUUUUGCUUUCCAUAUAAUGUUUACAUCCAUCUAGUGAAGAAGACAAUAAAUAAAACCAGAGCAAUAAAAUAGAGUAUUUCUCCUGGAUAAGAGGAGAACGUGGAUUAUAAUGUGUCAUUGCAUGUGCAGAUCGUCUAAUAUAUGGUACACUGCACAGUCAAGUUACAUUAGGCCAACACAUAUACUUUGUACUGAAGAAAUACUUGUAUUGCUAAUCCUAAUAAAAUAAUGUAAACAUCA